AUGAUUGAUUCAACUGGGUUGCAGAUCUUCAAGGAUUUGCAAAUUGAAUUGGAUAGACAUUAUUGUUACUAUAAAGAUAAUAUUGAUGAUAAUAAUGCAGAGGAUAUUGAUAAUUUAAAAAAUGGUGAAAAUGAAGUUGAUAACAUUGAUAUUAAAAUUGCUGAUG